CCUUCCCGGGGCAGGUCCAGCGCGUGCUCGCGGACGAGCGGUCCGGAGCGGCGACGGCGACGACGACGCGCCCCUCGAUUCGCGUCACGACGUGGCACGUACGUGUGGUCGCUCGACGACCCCAGACGACGAGUGCAACCUUUCUCGACCUGUCCCCAGGACAUGCCCUUCUCCGGCGUGGUCAAGAGGAACGGAACGCUCGUAGGGGUGGGCUACGCCUUUGAGUUGCUGGAGAUGGUCAGGUCGAAGGUGCCCUUCGACUACACGAUCGUGCUGCCGGAGGAGGACGGACUGGGCAACGAGAAGAACGGCAUCACGAGUCUGGUCGAGCGAAAGGAGGUGGACAUGGUGGUCGCGUUCGUUCCCGUCAUCCCCGAGUACUGGAGGUACUUCAAGUACGGCACCACGCUGGACGAGGUGGAGUGGACCGUCCUGAUGGGUCGGCCCUCGGAGUCGGCCAGCGGCUCGGGGCUGUUGGCGCCCUUCGACACCGUCGUCUGGAGUCUGGUCCUCGUGUCCGUCCUCGUCGUCGGCCCGGUCGUUUACCUCCUGGUCUCCCUCAGGGCGAAGCUGGCCAAGGCCGAGAAGCCGGAGCGAUACUCCCUGGCGACGUGCAUGUGGUUCGUGUACGGGGCUCUCCUGAAGCAAGGCUCCACCGUCUCUCCGGUAUCAGGUAGGAUCGAGGGUAGGAUCGAGGGUAGGAUGCCCUGCCGCGGGGGGGGAUUGCGACCGACUGACCCGGUCGCCCGCCUUUCAGAUUCCGCCAGGCUGCUCUUCGCCGCCUGGUGGAUCUUCGUCACGAUCCUGACCUCCUUCUACACGGCCAACUUGACGGCGUUCCUCACCCUCUCGGAGUUCAAGCUGCCCAUCGACUCGCUCGGGGACCUGGUCAACAAGAACCUGCAAUGGUCCAUGCCGAAGGGUCGAUCGAUCGACGUCGUCCUCCAAGAGAAGCUGCCCGACAAGGAGCUGGAGGUGCUCGGGAGGAGCAAGUUCCCCUGGAGGUCCGGCCUGAUCGACCUCAGCGCCGAGUCGACCGAGGACAUCCUGAAGAGGAUCGACAAGCGAUUACAAGCGCAAGACGAGGAGCGGCCUGGAGGAGGCGAAGCGUUGCAGCUUCGCCACCAUGCCCAGGAGCAUCCGCGUCGAGAGGCGCGCCUUCGUUUUCCCGUGGGACUCCGACAUCGACGAGCUCAUCAACGAGCGGAUGGAGAGGAUCGUCCAGGCGGGUAUACUGAAGCACCUGGAGAUCCUCGAGAACCCGUCCGUCGAGAUCUGCCCGUUGAACCUCGGCUCGAAGGAGAGGCAACUUCGCAACUCGGAUCUCUUCAUGACCUACAAGGUCGUCGUCGUCGGGUUCGCGGUGGCGACGCUGCUCUUCGGGGUCGAACUACUCGUCCGAGCGUGCACCCGCCGGGAUUCCGGCCGCGCGUCUCUGCCGCCGCCGCCCCCUGGCCCCCUCUAUCGGGCGAUUCGCGAGCGGCACUUCGGCAAGACGCAUCUGGUCAACGGCCGGGAGUACUACGCGGUCGCGGAGAAGGACGGGUCCACGCGCCUCGUCCCUCUGCGGACGCCGUCGGCCGUCCUCUUCCACUACGCCGCUUGAUCGCUUUGGACUUGGUUUGUCCCGUCGCUCUGACCCGGCCUUCUUCGCUUCACCGAGACGCACGAGAAUACAUUCUGGCAAUCGAUCCGACGCGUCUUCAUUCUUAAAUAAUAUUUAUUCACAAAAUAUUGCAUUAAAAAUCCCAGAGUCUUAA